AUGGCAGAGUCGGCGGUGAGUCUUGUUGUUGACAAGUUAGUUCCAUUGCUAACUCAAGAAGUGGAACUAUUGAAAGGUGUCCAUGAAGAAGUUGCAGAUAUCAAACGGGAAUUGGAGGUCAUUUGUGCUUUCCUUAAAGAUGUAGAUUCAAAAGCUGCGAAAGAAGGCAUCGGUGAGGGAGUGAAGGUAUUGGCAAACCAAGCAAGAGAAGAAGCUCAUCACAUUGAAGAUGUCAUCGAUGAGUACAUGUUUCAUGUGUCAAGACAUCCUGAUCAUGGACAUGGACUCCUACAUAGAAUUGUUUCUUUCAUUACAAAAUUCAAUUCACGUCGUGAGAUAGCAGUGAAGGUCCAGGAUAUCAAAACAUCACUGCUAGAUAUCAAAAAUAGAAGUCAAACAUUCCAAUUCAUUUCUUCAAAUCAAGGGGCAUCAAGCAGCAGCAGCUAUGGAAGAAGAGGAUUAAUUCAUGAUCCUCGAUCGAGUUCUCUUUUCAUUGAAGAAGCUGAGCUUGUUGGCAUUGAAUCUCCAAGAGAUGAAUUGAUAAGCUACUUAGUGAGUGGAAUUUCUCGAAGGACAGUGAUUGCAGUGGUUGGUAUGGGAGGUGUGGGAAAAACCACUUUGGCCAAGAAAGUAUAUGACAACCACAGGGUGAAAGAGCACUUUCGAUACCAUGCUUGGAUCACAGUGUCUCAAUCAUAUGAUAAGAGGGAGCUACUAAAAGAGCGAUAUUUGGUUGUAUUUGAUGAUGUAUGGGAUAUUGGAUUUUGGGGAGAUUUGGAGCACACCUUGCUAGAUAAAGAUAAUGGUAGUAGAAUAUUGGCUACCACAAGAAAGGAGGAUGUUGCUAAUUUUUGUAGAGGAUCUUCAUUGGUUCAUGUCUAUCGUAUAAAACCUUUACCUCAAAAAGAAGCAUGGGAACUCUUCUGUAAUAAAGCAUUCAGGUUUGGGUUUAAAGGGCAAUGUCCAAAAGAUCUGCAGGAAUUGUCACACAACAUUGUUAGAAGAUGUGGAGGAUUGCCGCUAGCAAUUGUGGCAGUUGGUGGGCUUCUAGCAACAAAAGAAAAGGCUAUUCUAGAAUGGGAAAAAGUUCUUAAUAGCCUUGGGUCGGCAAUGGUGGGUGAUCCUUAUAUUGAUAAUGUCACUAACAUUCUAUCUCUCAGCUAUGGCAUGACACUAGAAGAGGUUGGAGAGGAAUACUUCAUGGAACUCGUUCGACGAAGUUUGAUUCAAGUGGAUGAAGUUAGCUUCAAAGGAAUUCCUAAAACCUGUCGUGUUCAUGAUCUGGUCCGUGAUGUCAUUCUUUCCAAGUCAAAGGAAUUGAGUUUCUGCCAUGUUUCAAGGAGUUGUUCAACUUUUAAAGGCAUAGCACGACACCUGUCCAUAAGCAACAGAGGAAGUGACACUCCAAAGAGUAGCACAAAGUCUCAAAGUCGUUCUAUUAUGGUCUUCGACAAAGUAGAGCUGCGAAAGCCCACAAUUUCAGUAAUAUUUUCAAAAUUUAAGCUUCUGACCACAUUAGAUUUUGAAAACUGUCCUAUAGCUCACCUUCCCAAAAAAUUGGGAAAUUUGCUACAUUUGAGAUAUUUAAACUUAAGAGAGACUAAAGUAUCCAAACUUCCAAAAUCAAUCAGAAAGCUGCACAACCUGGAGUCCUUGGAUUUGAGAAAUUCUUUUGUGGAAGAGUUGCCGGUUGAGAUCAGUAGGUUCCCUAAAUUGCGACAUCUUUUGGCUGAUAAUAGAGAGACUCGUGCAUUGAAGAUACAUGGCAGCAUUAAGCAUUUGGAGUUCUUACAAACGCUGUUUAUGAUUAAAAUGGAUGAUGAUGUGAGCUUGAUCAAUGAUGGCCUACUGAUGUCUACGAAAAUGAGGAAGCUGGGGAUCAGAAAUUUGAAGAGAGAACAUGGAGCGUAUCUAUGCACUGCAUUAGAGAAGAUGACUCACCUGCGUUCACUCCUUGUUAGUUCAAUCAAUCCCAGGAAUGAAAUUCUUGAUGUGCAAUCAAUAUCUCCUCCUCCUCUUCAGCUACAAAGUCUGAGACUUUGGGGUCAAUUAGAAACCGUACCAGAUUGGAUUUCCAAACUGCACAAUUUGGCAAAACUGAGAUUGAGUUUUUCAAAUUUGAUGGAUGGUUCGAUUAAAGUCCUUCAAGCUCUGCCCAAUUUAAAAUACCUUGGACUCAUAUGUGCAUACAACGGAGAGAGAAUGCAUUUUGAAGAAGGAGGGUUUCAGAAACUCAAGUUUCUGUAUCUUGCAGGCUUGAGUCAUUUGAGUACAAUGUUAAUAGACGAAGGAGCACUGCCAGUUCUUGAAGGCCUAGCAAUGGGACCCUGCCCACAACUGAAGAAGGUGCCUCCUGGAUUUCAACACUUGAAAUAUCUCACAGAUUUAUCGUUCGCAGGGAUGACAAAAGAGUUCACUCAAAGACUGUCACAGCAAGACCAUGAGAUUGUCAGGCAUGUACCGACUCUCCGAUAUGAUGGUACUUAUGAUCCCGAUGAUAAAAGAUCUUAUGCAGCAUGGCUACUUACAUAUUCGACUAAAGAAUUGGAGGGUGCGCCAGGCCCUUGCAGUAGUGCAACGCAUGGGCGACGCGCGUGGAUCCCAAAUCCUGAUACUCCAGCAAUGGACAGCAAGCUAAAGGCCUUAGCUCGAAAGAUUUCCAGCGUCGUUGGAUCUGUUUGCAGAUUUGGUGGAGGCCCUGGAACAGUAGGGAUAGCUAGGAUACCAAAAUCCUGCUGGGAGAUACCCGAAGGAGAGUUGCAAGGGCAGCAUGUAAUUCAGUCUUUACGAGAAGAUGUGGCUUUCUCCAUCAACCCAGUUAGAGCUGCACAGAUUGCCACGUAUAACAGUGCCCUGCCUCCACAGACGUGCCAAGGAAGCAUCCUUGCCCUUGUUUCUAGCCCAGCUUUUGGAAACAUGAAUGCAAACAGGCCGAACUCCCACUGCCACCCAAGUUCCCAACAAGUGUCUAGGCUAAAGGUAGGUUAUUUACCAUGGCAAACUCACACAUAA